AUGAAGACUUCCAUUUUCUUUAGUAAGAAUACCCCUAACAGCAUGAAACAAGGGAUCAAGGCUUUGCUUGGUAUAGGUUUGCCAGAAGGAAAUGUCAAGUAUUUAGGUCUCCCUCUUUUCAGAUCGAGACAAAAGGAUGCAGAUUUUAACUUCAUUCUGGAUAACCUGACUUCGAAAUUACAUGGUUGGAAAGCUAAGACUCUUUCGAAAGCGGGAAGGGCAACGCUCAUCAAGUCGGUAGGUCUCUCCCUUCCUAUGUAUGAUAUGCAAACUACGAAGCUUUCCAACCAUCUUGCUUCUAAGAUUGACGGUUUGGUUUGGGACUUCUGGUGGGGCUCUGAGAAGGGUAAUCGUGGGCUUCACCUAAAAGCUUGGGACAAAAUUUGCCUCCCCAAGUCUUUAGAGGGGUUGGGCUUCCGAAAAUUAAAAGAUAUGAACCAGGCUUUCCUGGCUAAAUGGGGGUGGAACCUUCUGACAGGUAACCAAUCUUUAUGUUGUCGGAUUUUGGAAGACAAAUAUCUUAAAGGUAAACCCUUCUUAGAUUGCAACCCGAAAGCCUCGGACUCGUGGUUUUGGAAGAAUGUGACUAAGUCUAGAGCAAUUAUUCGCAAGGUGCCUACUAUCUCGGAUAUCUUGAAAGGAGGCAUUCCUUCAGGCAUAGGUGAGGACAGAUUGUUCUGGACCUUGGAAUCUAAUGGUCACUUUUCCAGCAAAUCAGCUUAUAGGGCCCAAGCUUUAGAUCGAGUGAAUUCUGUUGAGGUUGCCCCUUCCCUGUGGAACAAGCUUUGGAACAGUAAAAUCCCUGAGAGGCUCAAGGUUCUUUGGUGGUGUAUCCUCUCUAAGGCUCUCCCUGUUCGUGCAGUCAUAGCAAGAAAAUUUCCUAUUGAGGAUCACAGCUGCCCAUUGUGCGGAACGGCGGUCGAAACCUUGGAGCACCUAUUCCUGUCUUGUGACUUUGCCUUUCACUUAUGGCGGUCUACCCCUUGGGGUAUCUUCCCUAUCUGCGAUACUGGUAUUCGAAUGUGGGAUUGGGUCAAAUUCUUAUGGGACCUAAAAAACAAAGGCAUUAAUGUAGAUGAGGCUUCCCUUUAUGCUUCGCUAAUCAUUGACAAGAUCUGGCAAGCUCGGAAUGAAAAGGUACACAACAAUAGUCUUGUUGACAUUUUUAAAUGCAUUGACACUAUUCGCUUUUCUUUUGCAGAUCACCAUGCUUACCUGCUCCCUUGCCCCAAUUUGAGCUCGUCGGAUGUUUGGUGUCCUCCCCCUCAGGAUUGGUUGAAGCUGAACUGUGACAUCAGAGUCGGGUUGGAUAGUAUGUGUGCAGCGGUGGUUGCAAGGGAUCACGUUGGCAAGGUGAUCUGGGUUUCUACUUCUAAGCUGGAGUUUGCUGAUGCUCUCUACGGGGAAGCGGUGGCCUGCUGUUUAGCUUUAAAAACGGCUAGGACUCUUGGUAUCCAUUGUAUUAUUGUUGAGAGUGAUUCGAGGGUAGUGAUCAAUGCCCUCAAUGGGAAGGAGUCCCGUUGA